ACCGGAGCACCAGGACCCGUGCCACAGGCGCAUCUCCGGCAAGCCAUCGGCGACCCCAGGACCGUCGCCUUCUUCUCCCCGUUUCUCCAUUCCUUACCGUGCGUCUCUCUCUCGCUCAGUGCCCCCCUCUCUCUCUAACCUUCCCCGCUCUCCCUGUCUUCUCUGUUGGACAGGAGCACACCAGCGCCAUGGAAGCCUCCCGAUGGACCCCAGCCUCCUCCCUUCGCGCACCCGAGCUCGUGGAUGCCCGGCGCCGCACCUGCUUCACCAGACCCGAACGCCGCUGCGACCAAGUUCGCCCGGGUGCCACCAGGCCGCUGCUCCCCUUCCUCGGUAGCCUCCAACGCCCGCCCGCCUCCAUGCUCGUUUUGGUUCGGGACAGAAGCUCCCGACCGUGCCUCCCGCGUUGCCGCCUGCUCGCCGGAACCUCGCCGUCGGCGACCACCUCCUGCAGGUUACUCGAAGCCUCGUCAUUGUUUUGCCUAGUCAUCGUUCAGUUUGCGUUCGGCCCCGAUCUGGACCGGAUCUCCUCUGCUCCGCCGCUGUGGUCUCGGAUCCGGUCGGUUCCCGUGCGUCCUCGCGCCGCCAAGUCUCGUCGCCGCUCUGCCUACAACCGCCAAGUCAGCUCGCCGCCGCUGCUCUGCUUCCUGACGGACAGAGGUCGACGCCCGUGUUGACUACGCCUCGUCCGCAAGCGACCGCCAGGUGGGCUCCAAGGCCCGGUUGCGCCCCCCAGCC